CCAGCUUUCAUUACAGGAGCACGAUUCUUUUUGAGUAAUGAGCCACACCAGCAGACUCGGUCAGCUAAACUUUGGUGAUGGCCUCUUUAGGUACAUCUUCGAGUGGUUGUAUCAGGUGCCUACCUAUCUCUAGGAGAUAUGUUUGCGUUGCAGAACGCACUCCCAACAAAGUGUCUAGCGUAGGUAUAAAGACAGAGCAGAUUCCGGCGUGCAAUGCCAGGACUCACUACCUCACUCCCUCAUAUGCGACAUUAGCUGCUCCAGGAAACUACCAGCAUCAUUCCCUUAUAUAGCAUUCUCACUCCAUUACCUUCCAUUACUACCACCCUAAGACGUCAUUGGGCCCAGUAUCUUCCACUGAUCACAGUCAUGACGGAUAUCCUCCCAUAUCGCCAUGCGGAUGCACAUGGGGACGACAUGGCUUUAUGGCCAGAUGACCAGGAACUUCAGCCCCUACCGGCGAACGUCAGUCCUUCGAUGGAGACAACUGUUUGGUUUAAUCCUUAUAUAAACGCACAGCUUGCGGUUGAUGUGUUGUCCGCCGAGCCAGACCUUACCAAUACCAUGGACUUCCAGGGCUUCAACCCGGAGGGUCUAAACACUCCCCAAGACCAGGGGCACCGUGCAUAUCCCGAUGCCACCGGUGAAACGGGGUUGUACGAAGGCGGCGACGGCGACGACUUGUUGAACAGGAACGGUGUCAUCGAACAGCCGGACUUUAACACAGCCAACAAUGCCCAGAUCUUUAGCCCACUACUGUCUCAGGCCAAGUCCCCUUCUCCCUCAGUGGCAGCUCGUCCUUCCGAAGUUGAUAUGGCGAACAUCCCAAGCACUCACGGCCGCCGGUAUACCUGCCAGCCCUGCUCGUUCUCUUCCAACACCAAGCGGGACUUUAAGCGCCACCAGAAUACGCGGAAGCAUCAGUCAAAUGCGACGAGGAGCAUGGCUACUUUGGGUGUUGGCACUGUCCCGUUCAGAAUUGCAAGUUUUCUGAUGCGAGCAUGA